CUGAGUGGACCUCGACCCCUUUUACCGGAGAUUCGACUUCCUCCUUCCGUUGGAAUCGAACUCCGGCCGUGAGCAGAGCUUCGGCUGCGUUACCGCCGCUUACCACUCUGCGCCACGGAGGAUCUGAUUAAGGAGAUGUCCAGGGGAUCACAGAAGUGUCACUGGGAACAUCUGAGGAGCAGAAGGAGGAGUGGAAAUUUCGGAGUCAAGAUGAAGCAAAGAGACAAGAGGGGAGACAAAUGCAAAAGCCAAGGGAUGAAUCCCGUGCUUCUCAAGGGGGUGAAAACAAAAUUCAAGAGAGUAUUCGUUACCUAAAGGAAAUACGAAUGUCUCCUAAGUGCAGUAAAAAGAUAAAUGGCCAGAAACCCCAGAGAACAUAUUGGAGAAGGCAUACGAGAAAGAAACCAUAUAAAUGCUUAAAAUGUAGGAAGGGAUUUUUUGAUAAACCAACCCUUCUUAGACAUCAGACAGUUCACACAAGAAAGGAACCAAAUACAUUGUUAGGCUGUGGGGAAAGUAUCAGUCAGAGUGGAAGUCUUGCUUCCUGUGGGAAAAAAAUUAUGGGGGAGAACCUAUAUGCAUUUUCCAAAGGUAGCAAGAGCUGUUCUAAUAGGUUAGUGAUUGCUAGCCAUGAUAGAAUCCACACAACAGGGAAAUCAUAUAAAUGUAUGGAAUGUGGCAAGAGUUUUAGGCAGGUUUAUCGCCUGGCUAGACAUUGGAGAAAUCACAUGGAGGAAAAUAAAAUGCACACAGGGGACAAACCUUAUAAAUGCCUGGAGUGUGGAAAGAUAUUUUGUGGUAAUGGAGCCCUUAAUGUGCAUCAAAGAGUUCAUAGAGGGGACAAGCCUUAUAAAUGCUUGGAGUGUGGAAAGAGUUUCAGUCAGAGUGGCACGUUUUCUAGACAUCAAAGAACUCAUACCGGAGAGAAACCUUAUCAAUGCUUGGAGUGUGGAAAGAGCUUUAGACAGAAUGGUGCUCUUCAGGUACAUCAGCGCAUCCAUACAGGGGACAAACCUUAUCAGUGCUUGGAGUGUGGAAAGAGCUUUGCACAGAGUGCAGCCCUUAAAGUACAUCAAAGAACUCAUACAGGAAACAAACCUUGUAUAUGCUUGGAGUGUGGAAAAGGCUUUAGUCAGAGUGGCACACUUUUUAGACAUCAAAAAACUCAUACAGGGGAGAAACCUUAUAAAUGCUUGGAGUGUGGAAAGCACUUCAGUGAGAAUGGCACCCUUACUAAACAUCAAAGGAGACAUACAGGGGAAAAACCUUAUCAAUGCUUGGAGUGUGGAAAGAGCUUCAGUGAGACAGGCACCCUUACACUGCAUCAAAGAACUCAUACAGGGGACAAACCUCAUAAAUGUUUGGAGUGUGGAAAGAGCUUCAGUCACAGUAGCUCUCUUACUACACAUCACAGAACUCAUACAGGGGACAAACCUUAUAAAUGCUUAGAGUGUGGAAAGAGCUUCAGUGACAGUAGCACUCUUACUAAACAUCAAAGAACUCAUACAGGGGACAAACCAUAUAAAUGCUUAGAAUGUGGAAAAGGCUUCAGUCGGAGUACCUCUGUUACUUUACAUCAAAGAACACAUACAGGGGACAAACCUUAUAAAUGCAUGGAAUGUGGAAAGAGCUUUCGUCAGAAUGGCGAUCUUCAGGUACAUCAAAGAACUCAUACAGGGGAGAAGCCUUACAAAUGCUUGGUGUGUGGAAAGAGUUGCAGUACGAAUAGUGCCCUUACUGCACAUCGAAGAACUCAUACGGGGGAGAAACCUUAUAAAUGCUUGGAGUGUGGAAAGAGCUGCAGUACGAGUAGCGCCCUUACUAAACAUCGAAGAACCCAUACAGGGGAGAAACCUUAUAAAUGCUUGGUGUGUGGAAAGAGCUGCAGUACAAGUGCCGCCCUUAAUGUGCAUCAAAGAACUCAUACGGGGGACAAACCUUAUAAGUGCUUGGAGUGUGGGAACAGCUUCACUCAGAGUAGCACAUUUUCCAGACAUCAAAGAACUCAUACAGGGGACAAACCUUAUCGCUGCUUGGAGUGUGGAAAGAACUUCAGUCGUAGCCACCACCUUAUUUCACAUCUACUUACUCAUAGAGGGGACAAACCUUAUUAAUGCUUGGAGUGUGGAGAGAGCUUCAGUCAGCAUGGCCACCUUUUUGGACAUCAAAGGAUCCAUACAAGGAGGGAAAGCCUUAUAAUGUCUGGAAUGUGGAAAGAGCUUUAGUCAGUGUCGCAGCCUUGCUAAUUCUAAAAAAAGCACAUUGGGGAAAAACUAUAUAACUGUCCAGAGUGUGGAAGGAGUUUCAUUUAGCACACCUGCUGUAUUUUGCAUCAACUAAUUCAUAGGAGGAAACUGCUUGACAUUCUUCACUCACAUUGAAGGGUUAUUAAAAGGGAGAAACCGUACUGUCGUGCCAGCUUGGCAGCCUUAUUCUGGCCUGUAGUUAAAAUGGCUGAACCCCAAAGCCUUGUGGGGAUUUUUUCCCCUUGACAUCUUUUUUUGUUAACCUGCUAGCAAGCAGUUAAACAUUUGGUUCCCCCCCAUCACUGUGACUUGGUGAUUUUACAACACAGCUGUAUCAGCUUACAGUUCGCUUUGCACCUUCUUAUCAGCAGAAGGGGCCUGGUUCCGUCAAGGCCGUAAAACUCCAUGAGGUUGUUAUGGGAAACCAAGAGGAGGCGCCAGGUGCUGUGGCAACAUAGUUUUUUCAUCCCUUUGAUGAAAAUGUCAAUUGGUUAAUUGUCUCUGGCUGGGAGGGAGAUUUCAUCCAUAAGAAGAGGCUCAGAACUCUGGGUUAAGUGUCCCACUUUGGAGCACCACCUUGCCUCUUUGGUUGAUGUUCUGUUGUGGCUCCAUUUCCAUCCCGACUCGCAAUUCCCUGAGGGGAGAAGGCUAUCCAGCUAGAGAUCCAGCUAGAGAUGGUCUGUAAGUAUAGCUUAGGCCAGAAAGCUUUAUUAGUUUGAUUUGUGCCAAAAAUCUAUCUUACUGUUUUUCUUACCAAACCUUGCCCUGUUUGGGGUGUACGGUAACAGGAUUCAAUUUG